AUGCUGACAACCAGGCACUCAAUAGUUAGCGGUAACUCACCCAGAGCAUUUCUCCAUCAUGUUUGCUUACAUAUCUGUACCUGCUCUUUUCCCUGUUGCUUAAUGCCCACUCGAAUGGCGACGUCAGACGUUGCUAGACUGGCUCCUUCCUCUCUUCUGAGACCCAUGCUUCUCACCACUUUCAACUCCACGUUUGCAUCUUCACAUUCAGAUCUUGACGCUUCUCUUCUCAACGCACAAAAUGGCUUUUUUGCUCUACGGAGAUCCUCUUCGUCUCGAUCGCUUCUCGAGGUGAAAGCGGGUGCAAAAAUGCAAUUUGCGCUCCCUCCUCCCUGCGAGAGCUGCUUUGGCCUCCACAAGCACACCAACUUCCAGCAACGACAGACCCUACUCCACCCCACUGCGUCCAGCCCCGCGUGGUUGCGAUCUCGAGGCGUCUCAGCAACCUUCAGUGACCCCCGUUAG